UUGGUUCAUCAACACUAACUUGUAGAUCUCGUGCUUCGUGGUUUUGCUGUUCGUCGGCAAGUGGUACAAAUUCGCUGCCAAGACUUACCAUCUCGGGCACCUGGUAGCCCUGACGUCACCGUGACGUCACGCAUACCACCAACAUGGCGUCAUGAAUGAAAUCGGAAAUACGAGGCAGGUCCAUUCAUAGUUAGCUCGCCUCGCGGACAGGAUUAGGUUUUACUGGCUUGGGCUGUAGUCAGCACAUCGAAACACGAUGAUGAGGACUGAGAGGAGCCCCCUGCACCCCUCAGCACGUGAGAGUCCGCCAGUCUGCUAUCUCCACACCACCUACUAAUCAAUUAUGGGUGCUACAACAAGCAAGAGAAGGAAAACCAAAAAAAGAAGGAAAGAUGGGGGUGACCUUGACCUUGACACUUCACCAUAUCAGGACCUUGAACGUUUGAGGACAUUGUCAAAAAACCCGACUCAACCGACUCUCGGCUGAAAUGGACCGCCUGUCAGUCCCCACAAGUCAGUAUUACUCCAGUGAUUCCCUGCUUAUCCCAGACACACAGAGAAGCACGAUGUCUCUGAACAGGAAUCUCAUUGGACAUCCAACAUAUCAUGUGAAGGGGUCAUUCAGUGCAGACAAUCUGAUCCUAGAUGACCAUCCUGUCCUUACCAAACUUCAAAAUGAACAGAAUGCUCGACUGGAGCACAUGGAACAGAGAAUUACGAAGAUCCGUACCAACGCCAUGCAGGCAGCAGAACGGAGGAAGUAUGCUCACAUGUUCCGUGCGAAAUCAGAUGACUCAAGAACUGCCAAGCUUCUAAAAGAAGCGAGUGAGGCUCUUGAGGCUUUAAAACGUGAGAAGAAAUCUCAAAUGACACUCAGUGAGGAAUAUGACAAGGGGGAGAUAAUCCCUGUGAGAAUUUUGUGUGAAGAGCAGCAGAGGCAGAAGGAAGAAUCCAAACCAGCUAAAAAAGUAUCAAAAAAGGAAGAACUGUGGCCGGCUCAACUGCAAGCCUUGAACUUUGGUGAACCGGUCACAUGGCUUCUGCUGCCAUUUCUUCUUCCCCUUCUGCUCGUCCUCUACCUCAUCAGAUCAGUUGGUAACCAAGGCAAUGACAGACAAAAGAAGAGACAAUGAUGACUACUUAAGAUGAAGACUUUGUGCCUCAUAACAACCUUAAGACAACUUAACCCUCACAUCAACACGACUCAGUUAAGUUCCUCUGUGACAUGGAAUUUAUACAUUCACAGCAGUCAAUGUCAGACCUUCCACGGAUAUUUCGAAGAUGGUGGAAAACUCAUACGCCAAGUUUUUAAUUCCUUUGGAGACAAACCUUAUGUGAUUCACAGCUCUGCAGCCCUGGUGCUUCAUUACUUGAAGGUGGAUGUGUUUAGUCAUAUCUUCGCACACAUCGCUAUGGAAUCCAUGCCAACAUUGUACAACCACGCUCUGUUCUUUCAAAGCAUGAAACAUCCCAACAGGUGCACUCCAAACCCAGGAUAGGCUUCUCAAAGGAAGGAAUAUGUUGAACAUAUUGAAGGAAUAUUGUAUUCAUACUGUCUACAGUAAUGCUGAUUUCCAGGAUAUAUCGUAGGAUUCAGCAGCUUUUUGUGUCUGAAUCACAUGAUGAAAAGAACAUCAUCCUAAUUAGGCCCUUACCUUACACCGAGGAAAGAAAUAUCAACAAAUAUUUAAAUUGGAAUAACAUAGGAAUAAUAGUUUAGUUUCAACAUGUUUCUAUCUUUUAUAUGAUGAUUCUACUCAUGGUGUUGUCACCAAUUUGAAAUCGAACAAUAACAAAUUUGUAGUGCCCGACUACAGAAUGGUCACAUGACUUCUUGGAAGGUUAUACUUAAUCCUGCAGGUGCUUUCAGUUCUUGAAAACCUGACAAGAGAUCCCACACCCAUACACCACUGACAUCUUGGAUGACGACGAAUUUGCAUUUGAGACAAAACCAUGGUAAUAUGAAUAUUUUCACAGUUCAUGUUUAAUUUCCUGGGUAUGAUGUGUAUUGAAGAGUGUGCAUGAGAUGGAGAGUUGUGAACUAGGAGACUCCCUGCUGAUUGUUGUAAUGACGAUUGGCAGAUUCACCAUACACUGAUGUUCAAAUAAUUGAUAUUAACAAAUCAAGAGGAAUUACGUCCAGCUAUUCUUCUUGUGACUACUUUUGAAACAUUUGUAAACAGUGGUAGAGUUUAGUGGCUGCUGAGGUCCCUGAUUGUGUGUUGGAUACACUAAAUGUUUACUUUUAAAAUGAAUGUUAUGACAACAAUCCUGUCUUUCAUGGUAACUUAUGUCAGUCUGUUUCGGACUAUUUUUUCGGAAGAUUUUUGUGUCUUCAUACCUCUACUUGUAACGAAUAAAUGCAGAUUUUCAGAAAAGGAUUCUCAGGAUUGUGAAACUCUAGUCUUUGUAUCAGAGUAUGGUGACUGAUUGCUGAAGCGUCAUCCCAACUGCGUGCCUAUCUACACCUGACGAUCAACUGACAUAAUACCUGAUUUGUGAUACUCCAUACAUGACAUGACACCAGUACCUUCGGAGCACAUAUCCACAAUCAGUAUGCUUCAAUGGAUAUGGAAGAUUGACAAUCUUGCUCUGAAAUCACUUGGUCAUGUUCAUGCUGUUAUCCACGUAUGUGGAGAAGAUUAUUUACCAUUGGAUAUUUGGUCCUGAUCAUACAAUAUGAUGUUUGUUGUGGUAAUUGUUAUGAUAUUUGUGAUGAUACAGUGCAUGUCAUGGUGCAGUGCUUGUCAUGAUAAAAUUCAUGUCAUGGUGCAGUGCUUGCCAUGAUACAGUGCAUGUCAUGGUGCAGUGCUUGUCAUGGUACAGUGCUUGUCAUGGUACAGUGCUUGUCACA